AUGCGUUGGCGGCAGUGGAAACUGCCAGAUGAAAGGACAGAGGCAGCAAGUGGUGGUGGUGGAUGGCAGGGGCAGCAGACGGCAGUGGAGGCAGCAAAAUCAGAAGUUUUAUGGAAGCUGCCUGAAUUUGGAGAUGUCUAUCAUGUCUCAGGGAUCAUCAAGAUCCCCUUUGCUGAGAUUGAAGAGCCUUUUGAAGCUUGGUACAACUCGACUGCAAGGAAAAGCCGCAUCCAGUACUAUCACGGACGGGUGGUCACCUAUCAGAUGGAGACUGAGGGUCCCUGGGGCGCCAGCUACAAGGUCACCCCGGAGACCACAGAAACACAGACAAAUGUCCGGAAGUGCUUCCGAAUCAAUGGCACCGCAGAAUACCCCGUCGUACCUCAAAGUGUCUUCCCUAAGAUGGAUGGAUUUAAGCUGAUACGGAAGGAGGACUACAAAGGUCUUCACUGCAGCGUGUGGCAGAACGUAUCCUUUUGGGGUGCAAAGAAGAAUGUCUACACCCUGUGGGUCACUGCUUCCGGAGACCCUCCAGCCCCUGUGCACUAUCAGAUGAGAGGUUUCAACAACCUCGUGGGAUCUCAUUACGACAAGUACAACAUCGACUAUCAUAAUUUCUCCCGCCACUUCUCGCCCAGUUUCCUGAAGCUGCCGAAGGGUAUGGAUUGCCAGUGGCCUCCGGGGCAAGAAGGUGAGCACCACAUCCUGGCCAACCCCAUGCAUGAUUUUGUCUCGAGGAAAGCAGACAGGGGCUACCAGCUCUUCCGUCACUACAGGCGGAAGCACAGGAAGGACUACGGCACAGAGAAGGAGCUGGAGCACAGGGCCCACACCUUCAUCCACAACAUGAGGUUUGUCCAUUCCAAGAAUCGAGCCAGCCUGUCUUUCAAGCUGGCAUUGAACCACCUGGCAGAUCGCACGCCGGAAGAGAUGGCUGCAAUGAGAGGGUUACUGCCAGAUAAAACCCCCAAUGAUGGGGAGAUUUUCCCCUUAGAACUGUAUUCUGGCAUUAUCCUACCUGAGAGCAUUGACUGGAGACUCUAUGGUGCAGUGACGCCAGUCAAGGAUCAAGCCAUGUGUGGCUCCUGUUGGAGCUUUGCUACUACCGGGGCUUUGGAAGGAGCCAUCUUCCUCAAGACUGGACAGCUGAUGCCUCUCUCUCAGCAAGCACUGAUGGACUGUUCCUGGGGCUUUGGGAAUAUUGGUUGUGAUGGCGGCAUAGCAUGGCGGGCCUUUAAAUGGGCCAAGGAGCAUGGCGGAAUACCAACUGAUGAGUCCUAUGCACCCUACAGUGGCCAGAAUGGAUACUGCCACUACAAUCAAUCAGAGUUCCAAGGUGAUCUGUUAAGAUACGUCAACAUCCCAUACGGGAACAUCACUGCGUUGAAACAGGCUGUCUUCAAGAAUGGACCAGUGGCUGUGAGCAUUAACGCCUCCCCAAAGUCGUUCACAUUCUAUGCCAGUGGUAUUUAUUAUGACCCUGAAUGCGGAAACAGUACAGUCUUGAACCAUGGAAUGUUGGUUGUGGGCUUUGGCAUCCUGCAAGGCGAGACAUACUGGCUGAUCAAAAACUCCUGGUCUACCUACUGGGGAAACGACGGCUACAUUCUCCUUUCAAUGAAGGACAAUAACUGUGGGGUGGCCAGUGGUGCCAUAUACCCCGUUCUAAAGUGA